AUGAUAAUUAUGACUACUGAAGCAUUUUGGGCUAAAGAUUGGGAUGAAGAAGAAACAUACAAUCGAAUUCUUUCGGCAUCAGCUGUCAUCAUGAUUAUGGAUAAGAUGAACAAAGUUCCAGUUGGUUUUGGACGAAUUUUUAUGAUGCGAAACAACAAUAACAAUGAAGAAGAAACGCUUGGCUACUUAUCCGAUGUUGCUGUGAAUAUUCAACAUCAAAAUAAAGUACUAUGUCAACAUUUACAUAAUGCAUCACAACAAUUAAUGCGUACAUAUAAAAACGACCAAUUAUAA